AUGAGGAGUUUGUCCGCGGAGCUCACUCAGGCCCAGGAGGAAUGCAGAAGCAUGGCGGCGAGGGAGGUGAGCUUUUGCAAGGCGGAGUUUGGGCAGCUGCAAGCGGAGGCCAUCGCCUUGGCCAACUGCAAGAACGAGCUCCGAGCCAGCCAGGACGAGUUCCACAAGCAGCAGAUGAAGUCCGUCAGUAGCCUCGAGUCCUCACAGAGGUUGGAGAGUCGCCUCAUGGCACUGCAGUCGCAAUGCCGCCAUCUCGAGAGUCAGGAGGAGGCGGCAAAGGAGGAGUCUGCCAAGAGAGCCCAGCUACAGCAGGAGUGCGGGGAGACGGAGAGCAAGCUUCAGAAGCUCGAGCAGCUGCAGCAACAACGCAUCCAGUCCUUGGAACAGAGCGAGCAGGCCAAGGCAGUACUGGAGAAGGAGAAGCAAGAGCUGACGCAACGGCGCGUCCAGACCUUGGAACAGAGCGAGCAGGCCAAGGCAGUGCUGGAGAAGGAGAAGCAAGAGCUGACGCAACGGCGCAUCCAGACCUUGGAACAGAGCGAGCAGGCCAAGGCAGUGCUGGAGAAGGAGAAGCAAGAGCUGACGCAACGGCGCAUCCAGACCUUGGAACAGAGCGAGCAGGCCAAGGCAGUGCUGGAGAAGGAGAAGCAAGAGCUGACGCAACGGCGCAUCCAGACCUUGGAACAGAGCGAGCAGGCCAAGGCAGUGCUGGAGAAGGAGAAGCAAGAGCUGACGCAACGGCGCAUCCAGACCUUGGAACAGAGCGAGCAGGCCAAGGCAGUGCUGGAGAAGGAGAAGCAAGAGCUGACGCAACGGCGCAUCCAGACCUUGGAACAGAGCGAGCAGGCCAAGGCAGUGCUGGAGAAGGAGAAGCAAGAGCUGACGCAACGGCGCAUCCAGACCUUGGAACAGAGCGAGCAGGCCAAGGCAGUGCUGGAGAAGGAGAAGCAAGAGCUGACGCAACGGCGCAUCCAGACCUUGGAACAGAGCGAGCAGGCCAAGGCAGUGCUGGAGAAGGAGAAGCAAGAGCUGACGCAACGGCGCAUCCAGACCUUGGAACAGAGCGAGCAGGCCAAGGCAGUGCUGGAGAAGGAGAAGCAAGAGCUGACGCAACGGCGCAUCCAGACCUUGGAACAGAGCGAGCAGGCCAAGGCAGUGCUGGAGAAGGAGAAGCAAGAGCUGACGCAACGGCGCAUCCAGACCUUGGAACAGAGCGAGCAGGCCAAGGCAGUGCUGGAGAAGGAGAAGCAAGAGCUGACGCAACGGCGCAUCCAGACCUUGGAACAGAGCGAGCAGGCCAAGGCAGUGCUGGAGAAGGAGAAGCAAGAGCUGACGCAACGGCGCAUCCAGACCUUGGAACAGAGCGAGCAGGCCAAGGCAGUACUGGAGAAGGAGAAGCAAGACCUGACGCAACGGCGAAUCCAGACCUUGGAGCAGAGCGAGCAGGCCAAGGCAGUGCUGGAGAAGGAGAAGCAAGAGCUGACGCAACGGCGAAUCCAGACCUUGGAACAGAGCGAGCAGGCCAAGGCAGUGCUGGAGAAGGAGAAGCAAGAGCUGACGCAACGGCGAAUCCAGACCUUGGAACAGAGCGAGCAGGCCAAGGCAGUGCUGGAGAAGGAGAAGCCAGAGCUGACGCAACGGCGCAUCCAGACCCUGGAACAGAGCGAGCAGGCCAAGACAGUGCUGGAGAAGGAGAAGCAAGAGCUGACGCAACGGCGAAUCCAGACCUUGGAACAGAGCGAGCAGGCCAAGGCAGUGCUGGAGAAGGAGAAGCAAGAGCUGACGCAACGGCGAAUCCAGACCUUGGAACAGAGCGAGCAGGCCAAGGCAGUGCUGGAGAAGGAGAAGCAAGAGCUGACGCAGCGGCGCAUCCAGACCUUGGAACAGAGCGAUCAGGCCAAGGCAUUGCUGGGCAAGGAGAAGCAAGAGCUGCAACGACGCAUCCAGACCUUGGAACAGAACGAGCAGGCCAACGCAGUUGUGGAGAAAGAGAAGCAAGAGCUGACGCAACGGCGCAUCCAGACCCUGGAAGAUAGUGAGCAGGCCAAGGGAGCUUUGGAGAAGGAGAAGCAAGAGCUGCAACGACGCAUCCAGAUCUUGGAACACAGCGAGCAGGCCAAGGCAGUUCUGGAGAAGGAAAAGGAAGAGAUGACGCAACGACGCAUCCAGACCUUGGAGCAGAACGAGCAGGCCAAUGCAGUUGUGGAGAAAGAGAAGCAAGAGCUGACGCAACGACGCAUCCAGAUCUUGGAACACAGCGAGCAGGCCAAGGCAGUUCUGGAGAAGGAAAAGGAAGAGAUGACGCAACGACGCAUCGAGACCUUGGAACAGAACGAGCAGGCCAACGCAGUUGUGGAGAAAGAGAAGCAAGAGCUGACGCAACGACGCAUCCAGACCCUGGAAGAUAGUGAGCAGGCCAAGGCAGCUUUGGAGAAGGAGAAGCAAGAGCUGCAACGACGCAUCCACAUCAUGGAACACAGCGAGCAGGCCAAGGCAGUUCUGGAGAAGGAGCAGCAAGAGCUGACGCAACGACACAUCCAGACCUUGGAACAGAGCGAGCAGGCCAACGCCGCACUGGAGAGGGAGAAAGAGGAGUUGAAACAACGCAUCCAGAUCUUGGAACAGACCGAGCAGGCCAACACUGCGCUGGAGAGGGAGAAGCUGGAGUUGAGCAACUGCGCGUCCAGACCUUGGAACGGAACGAGCAGAGCGCCGCACUGGACACAGGGAGAGAGUGGGGAGCUGCCAAGUCCUUCUCCCUGGAGAAGCAGGAGUUGA